UUGAGGGAGAUGGAAAUUGAGAAGAGACUCUACGAAGCUGCAGCGGAAGGAGAUGUAAUUACUUUACAAGAAUUACUUCAACUGGAUGGUUUGAUUCUUGAUAGACUUACCUUAACUUGCUUUAAUGAAACUCCUUUACACAUAGCAUCAAUGCGGGGACACAUUGAGUUUGUGAAGUUCAUUCUGGCACGAAAUCCCCUGCUUGCUGCUGAACUGGAUUUACGAAGAUCCUCUGCACUUCAUGUUGCUUCGAUCAAAGGGUACGUAGAAAUUGUUAAGGAGUUGUUGAUAGUGAAUCCUGAAAUGUGUCUGGCUCGUGAUCGUGAAGGUAGAAAUCCUCUACAUCUUGCGGUAAUCAAAGGUCGAGUUGAGGUUAUUAAGGAACUGGUUCAAGCAAACCAUCUUGCAGCUCUGCAGACGACUGAUCGCAGUGAAAACGUUCUACAUUUGUGUGUGAAGCAUAACAAUCAGUUGGAGGCUCUGAAUCUGUUGAUGGAAGUGAUAUCAGAUGAUAAGCUCUUGAAUGCAAGAGAUGGAGAUGGAUAUACAAUUCUACAUUUGGCUGUUGCUGAUAAGCAAACUGAGACAGUUAAAUAUCUGUUAAAAAACAAUAAGAUUGAGGUCAACUUAAAGGACGACAAUGGGAACACAACACUAGACAUUUUAACACAAAGUCGAAGAGACGUGAAUGAUCUGGAAAUUGGAGACUGUCUCCGUGAUGCUGGAGGUUUAAGAACCAAGGACAUGAUUUCAUCAUCCUACACCCAAAAUGUAGCCAAAUGUUCUAAUUCUCAAGUUGCUUUAGUCCACAAGCACGACAUUUCAGGUGAUUGGCUUUCGAGGAAACGUGAUGCAAUAAUGGUAGUGGCAUCGCUUAUUGCAACUAUGGCGUUUCAAGCAGGAAUGAACCCUCCAGGAGGCGUCUGGCAAGACAAUAAGGAAGUGUUAAAUUUUCAAGUAAACUCCCUACAAAUACCACACAAAGCAGGGGAAGCAAUAAUGGCGUAUAGUCAUCCCAAAGCAUAUCGAUACUUUAUCCGUGUCAACACAACAGCCUUUGUGACUUCUCUUAGCACAAUACUGCUGCUAAUAAGUGGAUUGCCCUUCAGGAAAAAGUUUUUUAUGUGGGCUUUAAUGGUUAUUAUGUGGUUGACAAUAACCUCAAUAGCACUUACUUAUGGCAUAUCAAUAUACAUUGUCACGCCUAAAAAGGACCGAGAACAACUUGGCCAGGUUAUUGAAGUUGCUGUUACAGUAUGGAGCUCUGUAAUGGCAUUACUUUUGCUUGGAAACACAAUUCGUUUGGUCUAUAAAUGGAUGAUGAGAAAGAAGCAACAAUCAAGAACAUCCGAGACUAGAAAAUCUGCAAAUUUUGUUCAUGUCAAUGUUUGAGGAUAUUGCAUUUACUCUAUGAUGAAGUAAUUUUAACUAGCUAGCCUAUGUAUUUUGGUAAGACCAAAGCUACACAAAUCAGUCUAUAUGAUUUUUGAUCUUACCAUUUCAGAAAGCUUUCUAUUUUUAUUUAUUUAUAAAUAAGAUCAA